AGGCACGGGUGGUGAUGCGGUGGUGCGCGCGGUGGACAAAACGUGCAUGGUUGCCGCGAUGAUGCGUGCGCGUGAUGUGCUGUGGCAGGCGCCUGAGUGCGCCAUGCGCCUGGACAUGUUCGAGGCGCAGUGCAGCGCACAGUACGGCGCACCGCUGGACCUGGAGCUCCUGACGCAGCAUGAUGACCCUGUCGUCACGGUGUACUCUGAGGGCGGGGAGGACAUGGUGCAGCUGACACCUGUACACGUGUACGCACGAGAUGUACAACAGCUGCUCACUGAGGCGGGGGGGCGCAUGCUGCUGUCGAACUUCGAAGCUGCGUACGCUGAGCGAUACGGCGGACCUUGUCGACCAGCACGCAUCAGUUUUCCUAGCGUCGUGGCGCUGCUUCAAUCCCUCCCUGAAAUAGUCUUGGUCAGAGGACGAGGGUCCAAAAAAGUUCUCAUCCUACCCCCCAAAGAAUCCUUCGACAGCCAAUCCAUCAGAGAAUCCAGCUACUGUACCACUUAUUCCAGUACUUGUGCAUCCGCUAUUGAGUACGUUGCACAGAACGGCGGUGUAGAUGUACAAAACUUGAAGACUUCACACGAAGGCGUGGUCGUUAAUGGUGUUGGAAACGCCGUUAUAAUUCCUAAAGUAGAUGGUGAUAUCAAAAACUCCUCAGGUGAUCAAAACAUCCUCGAGGGCUCCUUCAAAGAUCUAAACAAUAAUGAAAUGUUCAAGCUUCAGAAUAAUGCUUGUGGGAUACAACGUAAGACUGGCAAGUAUUGCUUACGUCAAAACCAUGAAUUUGAGUUUGGAUUAACUGCGUCAACGAAGUCGUCGUUUCUUUUGACUGGAGUUCACGCAGAUGAAUUUUCCAAGCAUGAAAAUAACCUUCGUGCUGCCGAACAGGAAAAUUUUCCGUUAAAAUCACACGCAAAAAACUUGAGCAUCAUGAGGCGCUCUCGGUCUAUGCCACGUUUUGUUAAGACUGACCCAGCCAUGGAAGCACAUGUAACUUCAUCGUUUCAGGAUUAUCCUCCGUAUCAGAGGCACCACUCAGACAACGUGUACCUUGCUGGCUCUGACCGCGAUGGUCUGAUUUGGAGUUCCACAAAGGAAUCCAUCGCCACGUCUCAAAUAUCCUCCCGCAUGUUGAGCGUCACUGCUGCUGUGACACAGUCUGUUUCGGUGACGGUAAACUCUGUGGUUAUAGUAACGGCUUCUCAAGACGUUGUCGAAACUGCGGUGAGCUCGGCUUCACCUAGACUGGCUCCCGAUAAAAAAUUAACAAUGGUCAACGGAACUUGUACGGCAGAGACUAAGAUUGUUGCUCCCAGAACAAUUUUUGAUGCAAAUGGCCAGCAAAAAACUGAUCACUUGAUUGGUGCCCCACACCUCGAAAAACCUGCAACUGCGUUUGAAAUCAGUAGUGCGUUCAAUUUGAACAAUGAAAAUGAAGUAUUCCACACUUCAAUAAAUCACAAUGACUUUCACCUCAUUUCUCCUCCUCCUGCGACUGAACACAAAAAAAUUGUUAAUCCAAGCGUCUCCAAUCCCCAUGAAAACCAAUUCGUAGCUAACAACAUUGAAAAUCAAAAUGCGCAGUACCCCUCGAAAGCAACGACACAAGCCAUGCGAAGAGACCAACGUCGUUUUUCGCCUAGCCAAUUCAAAGUUAAUGAUAACUCUGAUGUGAACUCGUCACCCAACGCUGGCGGGAAAUUCUCCUUCGUGUCUGAUAUGAAAUAUUACCGCAAUCGACUUCUCUCAAACGGCGCUGGUAAUUCAAACCAAACUGCCAAUUCCGUCCAGCGGAAUAAUCUGGGUUUUCCCAAGAACAAUUCGUUUGGAGGAGACUAUCACCGAAACGGCAGCAGAGGGGAAAGUCGCCCACGGGAAAACAACCGUCGGGUCUCUAACGGCCGCAGUGGAGGAAACAAAGGAGACGGGGAUCACAACGGUUCUUCUUACUAUCCAUAUCGCUCUUCUUUCUCCAAACAUUUGAGGCCUCAACCUAACUACUGCAACUUCCAGCCCGUGUCGCACAACAGAGCGUACAGGGAAGCGCAGGUUCUUGAACAAGACAACGCUAAGCCCCCCGGCAGCCCCUGCCAUGCCUCCUCCACUGGGGCUGUCCCCAUCCCCCACGCCAUGGACCCCCACCCUGGGGGACCCGCCUUCUCCCCCCCAGCCUACGACUUCCAGGCCUGUCUACCAGACGGCAGCAGCGUAUUCGUUACGGUCCCUCCACCGCAGCCUUUUCAGUCGUCCCUGUUGAUUGGCUCUCCUGGAAACUCUGGCGGCACAUCUUUGAUGUGGGGGCAGAUAUGGGCUCCUGCACAUCAGUACCCAUCCGUCAUCACCUCACCCAUGUCUCCUGCCCAUUAUGUGAUUCCAUCGGGUCUGUCAGUAAGUUGGGGGAGCAUAGCGGCCUCGCCCCCCACGCUGGGCAUCCCGCCCCCACCCCUGGCUCCACAACCCCACCCCGUCCACCAGGGCAAUGCCUUGUCUCUGCGCACCCUCGAACAGCCCAGCCAGUGUGGCUACAGAAUCGCUGGUCUCGACUUGAACACGUCUAUGGCCGCCCCAGGCCACGACCCACCGGCGAUAUUACAACAAGCGCCACACUUCCCGUCCUUCCCCUCAGCCCAACCUCCACCGGGAUUCCUUUUGCAUCCAACAACUCCCUUCGUGCAGCAGCAGUUCGAUGCCAGCUCCACUCAAGUUAUUUCAACAGAAGAUUCGUCUUCUGUGUUGCCAUCACCGUCAUCCGUGUUGCCAGCUCCGACGUCCAUCUUGCCGACUCCGACGUCCGUGUUACCAGCCCCGACCUCGGCGUUGUUACCACCAUCGACUUCUUGCGCUGGUUCAACAUCUACUCAUCUGGAUAAAGACUUUUCUCGUGUUCAGAGCGAGGCUCAUCAGAGUCGCGCUUAUCCAAUGCCGUCCACAAGUGUUGCCUACUGUCACGUGCCUUACCCCAGCGUCUGUUUGCCAGAGCCAGGUCUGGGUGUUGACACGUAUGGAAUGCUUGAUAACCUACAUACAUGUUCUAUAGAUUCUUUGCCAUUUCCUAAUCUUCAACAGCAUUCGGGUUGCAGCGGUUUCAACAACACCAGUAACGCAAUGUCUUUCCCGACCCCCUUUUGCUCUGGGGUCGUGCCAAGCUUUGAUUUGGGGUCAGGGCUGCAGUGCUCUCCCCCUUCCCCUUGUGUCGCAUCGAUGGCUCCUAUUUUCAACCCUGACUUGGGUGUGGAAAUUUCCUCUACCGCUUCAUUGACUCAUAUUUUCGCCCCUACGUCGAUAGGCCCAACUACAUCGUGUUUUGCUAACUGCGACACAUUUGGCGACAUGACGAGUAUUAUUCCUAGCUCAGAAUCCUUGACAUCCGCCGCGGCUGGAGGAGGUUCCGAGCACGGACUGCCUGCAUCGCUACUGACCAAAAAAAUAUCUAAUCUACAGCCUUCGCCACCUCUUCAUCAUCAUCAAGAGCUUGGAAUCUGAUUCCUAAAUCUCUGACUUGAUUAUUAACAUUUCUGUUCGUCAAUGUUUCGGUAGUUGUGUCAGAACAGACAGUGAAAUAUUCUAAUAUGCUUUCAGAAUAUGCGUCCUUGAAAAACGUUACUUUUCUUUUCACUUAGUUUCGAAUUCAGCCAAGAUUUGGUACUUUCCUUCGAUCGUAUUUAUAUUAUAUACUACCUAUACUCUUUAUGUACCCGUAGAUACAUUUAUUUCCUUCCUUAAAAUGACUCCGUUCGUUUCAACCCACGUUCUCGAACUCAUAUCCUGUAUUUCAAGCUAAGUUGUCUAUUUCUUGCAAUUUUAUGUUUGCAUACGAAAUAUUUAUCAUAAUUUAUGAAAUACUUCUAUGUAUCUUAUUGCUGGACCCUCGAUAAAGAGGUCAUUUUGGCUGUGGUUUAUUAUUAACAUGUUCAAUGUUGGUGUUGGAUUGAAGAUUGAAUCUUCAUUCUUACGUGUUGUGUAAACGUUCAUUUGUUGUAUUCUUGUUCAAAAUGUUGUUGGCGCCGUUACUUAAGUUAAGUACUAGAUUUAAGGCCUCUUGAUUUUGUGAUACUGUGGGUUUGAGCUAAAGCUUAAGUUCGGGAAACCGGUUGUGAACGAAAGGCUCUCUUCGCGUUGGACAAGAAGCCGUCAAGGCUAUGUUAUGAAUGGUAUCUGCUAUUGAAAGCUGUCUAAUGUUGUCGCCGUGUCAUGAGCUUUUGGAUACAUCAGAUAUGUUUGUGACGUGCAUUUAUAUGCAUCAGAUUUGUUCAUGGUUGCCCAAACUCUCGUCUCAGUGUUGCACUGAUCUCGUUCCUUGGUGUUUUGGAAUAAAUUUCCGCUUUUG